CCCUUAGUCGAUUUAAGAUACAUGACCAUGAGUCAUUGGGUCCGAAUUUUUUCAUCCAACGAAUGAGCUUUGAGGAUACUGCAGCGCCAGAAUGACCUUUAUUGAAGUGUUUUAACCACCGGUCGCUGUGGCGGCGACUCCAGCCGCUCUCUCAUUUAUGUCUCCCUGUCGUACAGAUAGACAGGGUGUUCAUUAUUAUUUAUAAUCAGGUGGGAACAAACAGCUGCUCAAAAUGGGAGGUAAUGGCAGCACGACUAGAAAAGUGUCAUUUGGACUGGACGAAGACGAGAAGGUCACAGUAAUUGAAGGCGUGAAGGCAGAUAUCUACGUUGUCUUACUAUACAGCUCUCAGAGGAUGUGCUCCAGCGGAUGAGGGAAUCUCAGGGGUCUGACAGCGCCAAGCCACCCCUGUCUCCGCCAGACAGUCACAAACCACCAACAAGUCCAAAACCCUCCACUGCAGAAAUACAGGAAGAAGUCCGCAAAAACUUUGAGCGUCAACAGGCCCAGGUACAGGAGCAGUUGGCCAGACUGGCCCAGAGGGAGAGAGAGACAGCAGCAACCACAGGCCUGGAUGAGCUGACCCCUGCCCUCAUCAUAGAGAAAGGAAGGGCCCGUGAAGAGCAAGAAAAGGCCAAGAUACUGCCAGCAGAUUUCGAUGCCUGGGCCAAACAACUGGAGAGGAAGGAGAAGGAACUGGCGAGCAUCUCCAGCUUCUAUAAAGAGCAAUUAGGAGUACUGGAGAAAAAGAACCUUGAAAACUACAAGCAGAUGGCUGAAGAAUACAACCAGGCAGCUACUAAAGCUGAGGCUCACAUCCGACCUCGGCAGACUGCGUCUCUGUGCACUGAGCUGCAGGCCAAGGUGUUCCAGUGCUACACAGAAAAUCCACAGCAGACCCUGCACUGCUCCAGCCUGGCCAAACAGUACAUGACCUGUGUCCAGCAAGCCAAGAAGCUUUUUAAAGAAGACAGAAGGAUAGCAGUUAAUUAGUCAGACCUGGAAGGAGCUCGACAGUGACACUGACAGUGGAACAAAAAAGAGCUCACUGACAAAUCACGGCUGAGAAACCCAACGAAUGCAGGAGAAGGAGGAGAAGAAGUGAAGAAGGAGAGAGCAUGUCAGAUCCGUCCAUUUCUCGCCUCCCUCUGUCCUUCUCCUAUUCAUCCAUCCGUUUAUUUAUCCACCAUCACUGAAUAACCCCCUCCUCUUUCCCCCUCACCAUACUUCUUGGUUUUUGAGUGUAUUAUCUUGACAUGUCACUCCAGAGUGUAUGAUGUGUUGAUUUAUUGUCAAGUUGCGCCGGCACACCCCUGCCGUCACUGAAAUAAAUCCCAGUGAUCCGGUGGCGAUGA